UGAACUCAGGUCCUCCUGAAUCCAGGGCCUGUGCUCUAUCCACUGCGCCACCUAGCUGCCCCUUGGGUCUCCUGUCUGUGAGGGCUCAUUCUGCCCAGUCACCAAUGACGUUUUUAGUCUUUCGUUUGCUAUUGGCCGGCAGAGCCUCCGUGAAGCCAACCACAAGUUAGGGAUUCGCCCCUCUGCAAACCCCGCGCAGUUUGGUCUCGGUGAUCCUGGGCUUCUCUGCGAUCCUGGGCUUCUCUGCCCGGACCAUGGAGUCUUGUCUGCGCUCUCUCAUUUUGUUGGGGACCCUGGCCCUGCCGGAGACCUGGGCAGGCUCUCACUCCCUGAGGUAUUUCUACACCGCCGUGGCCUCGCCCGAGCUCCCGGAGCCGCGGUUCCUCGUCGUGGGCUGCGUGGACGACCAGCAGUUCGUGCGCUUCGACAGCGCCCGCGCGAGUCCGAGGAUGGAGCCCCGGGCGGCGUGGAUGGAGCGGAUGGACUGGGAGGAGCCGGGCUACUGGGAGCGGGAGGUGCGGAACAUGGAGGGGGAAACGCAGAGUUUCCUAGAGUACCUGAACACCCUGCGCGGCUACUUCAACCACAGCCAGGGCGGGGUCCACACCCUCCAGCGCACGUACGGCUGCGAGGUCUCCUCCAAGCUCACCUUCCAGCGCGGGUUUCAACAAGACGCCUACGACGGACGCGACUACAUCGCGCUGGACACGGAGACCUCCACGUGGACGGCGGCGGUGCCGGAGGCUGUGAACACCAAGCGUGAGUGGGAGGCUAACACGACCAUGGCGGAGAGACGGAAAGCCUACCUGGAGGAGGAGUGCGUGCUGUGGCUGAAGAAGUACCUGGAGAUGGGGAAGGAGACGCUGCAGAGGCCAGGUACCCCCGCCCCCCCGCAGUGUGCGCGGCACUCAAGGCCCCCGCUCCCCUUCUCCCCGUCCCCUGCAGCCCCAGGCACCCCUUGCACCCCAGACCCUACCCUGACCCGCCACACUGCCCCCCACGGGGAGGUGACCCUGCGGUGCCGGGCCCAGGACUUCUACCCCGCUGACAUCUCCCUGACCUGGCUGCGGGAUGGAGAGGAGCGGGUCCAGGACGUGGAGUUCAUUGAGACCAGGCCCGCGGGAGACGGGACCUUCCAGAAGUGGGCAGGUGUGGACGUGACCUCGGGCCAGGAAGAGAAGUAUACCUGCCGAGUGCAGCACGAAGGACUGCCUAAGCCCCUCACCCUGAAGUGGGAGCCAGAGUCCUCAUCCACCUGGUUCAUUGUGGGGGUCAUUGGUGCUGUCCUCAUCAUCAUCAUCAUUGCUGGACUUGCGAUCUGGAGGAUAAAGACUUUAAGGAGGGGGUCUUAG